AGAUCAUCAGACUAUAAAGCAGACAUGUGAGAGGCGAGAGGAUUCUAUAAACACUUAAGAAAAUCAGAUCUCUAAUUCCUCUACAUAUCUUACUCUCUCUAUAUAUAGAAAAGAAGCCGAAGAGGGGAAGAAGCAAGCAUUGAAGAAUAUGGUUUCGAAGGAAUACAAGAGAGAUUCCUCUCUGCGUGAGAAGUUUCAAUUGCUUCGCUCAAUCACUAACUCACAUGCUGAGGGCGAAACAUCGAUCAUAGAGGAUGCAUCAAAAUAUAUCAAAAAGCUUAAGCACAAAGUAGACAAAAUCAACAAUGAGACCACGUCUGAGGAAUAUUUCUGUGAUCCUACCGAUCCUAUGGUUACAGUGGAAACCCUAGAGAAGGGAUUCAUGAUAAAGGUAAUGUCAAGUAAGAAUGAGCCAGGCAUGUUGGUUUGUGUUCUUGAAGUCUUUGAAGAUCUUGGUCUUGAGGUUGUUGAAGCUAGGGUUUCAUGUACGGACUCAUUUAGCUUGCAUGCCAUUGGAAUAUCAAAUAAUGAUGAUUGUGAAAGCAUGGAUGGUGAAGCAGUGAAACAGGCAGUUGCAGUAGCAGUCAGUACCUGGAGUGAUAGCCAGGAUCCAAAAGGGUAAACAUGGAUCAAGUAUUCAUGAUUCUCUCUCUCUAUAUAUAUAUUUAUAAAUUUGUUUGACCUAAAAAGGUUCUUUAGUUAGACAUAUGAUCAAGGAAAAGUCAAUUAUAUGUC